UUUUCUCAAAAACAGAGGAAAAUACACAGAGAGAGAGAGAGAGAGAGCAGAAGCAAUAAUGGUGGAGGUUUCUCUGAAUAUGCCAUUCAUCCUUUUCGUUCUGACUGUGGCGCUGCUUUUAUCUAGCGCCAAGCCAUUGAAUGGAAAUGAUAAUGCUAAAGGCCGUCUUGUACAGUCAAGGAAUGUAGAAACAGAGGAGUUGCAGAGUUUGAAGAAUUCAUCAAUGGCGGACAGGCUAGAUGAUGCUCUAAAUGAACACGCAGUGGACGACCCGGAGGAGAUAGCUUCCAUGGUUGAUAUGAGCAUACGCAAUCAUACUGAGAGAAGGAAUCUGGGUUUCUUCUCAUGUGUGACCGGAAAUCCAAUUGAUGACUGCUGGCGCUGUGACAAACUUUGGCACAGACGGCGAAAGCGUUUGGCCAAUUGUGGAAUUGGUUUUGGACGUAAUGCCAUUGGUGGCCGUGAUGGAAGGUUCUACAUUGUGACUGAUCCAAGGGAUGAUGACCCUGUCAACCCAAGGCCAGGCACCCUGCGCUACGCUGUUAUUCAAGACAGACCCUUGUGGAUUGUGUUCAAGAGGGACAUGGUCAUCACUUUAAAGCAAGAGCUUAUCAUGAACAGUUUCAAGACCAUAGAUGGUCGUGGAGUGAAUGUGCACAUUGCCUAUGGGGCGUGCAUUACUAUACAAUUCGUCACUAAUAUCAUCAUCCAUGGUUUACAUAUCCAUGACUGCAAACGCACUGGUAAUGCACUGGUUCGUAGCUCACCAACUCAUUAUGGUUGGAGAAGUAUGGCUGAUGGAGAUGGGAUUUCCAUCUUUGCUUCAAGCCACAUUUGGAUUGACCAUAACUCACUGUCUAAGUGCGCUGAUGGCCUUAUUGAUGCAAUUAUGGGCUCCACUGCUAUUACCAUUUCCAACAAUUACUUCACCCACCACAAUGAGGUUAUGCUACUGGGCCACAGUGAUUCAUAUGUAAGGGAUAAGCAGAUGCAAGUAACCAUUGCCUACAAUCAUUUUGGGGAAGGUCUUAUCCAGAGAAUGCCGAGGUGCAGACACGGGUAUUUCCAUGUGGUAAACAAUGACUAUACCCACUGGGAAAUGUAUGCAAUUGGUGGAAGUGCUGAUCCCACGAUUAACAGCCAGGGCAACCGAUACCUCGCCCCUCGAAACCGUUUUGCGAAGCAGGUGACGAAGAGAGUAGGCACAGACGCUAGGAUAUGGAAGCACUGGAAUUGGAGGUCAAUGGGAGACCUUAUGUUAAAUGGAGCCUAUUUCACUUCAUCAGGAGCGGGUGCUUCUGCAAGCUAUGCCAGAGCCUCCAGUUUAGGGGCCAAGUCAUCUUCUAUGGUUGGUGUUAUUACUUCUGGAGCUGGUGUUCUUACCUGCCGCAGGGGCUUCACCUGUUAAAACCACAAAACUCCAUCAAAAGAAGGAUCAAUGAAAUGGAGAAAGGAAGAAAAUAAGUAGUUUUCAUUCUUUCUCCUACGUGAAAAUUGCAUUAUUAUAGAUAUGUAGAGUGAGAGGCCGUACUUGAGGUCACAUCCCCUGUUUGUCCUUCCCAUUAAGGUGUUGGGAGAAACCGUGUAAAUGUAAAUUUUACAUGUCCCAGUUGUUGUCAAAUUGAUAACAAUGCUUUUAUUGAAGAAGCCAUUAGUUUCCCCAACUUUCUGGAUAUUCUUUCUGCUUCUUCAUUUCCAAGGGAAGCAGAUUCUACAGAACUCGUCUCUUUGAUUAUUAUUGUAUGACCUUCUUUGGGGAAAAAAAAAACUCUUGGUUUGUUUCAAAUGAAAUGAACCAAGGGA